AAGUUCACUAGUUUUUUUCCAAUAUAUAACUUACCUAAAUGUGUGCUUUUUUCAAGAGACACAUUGAGGGAAACUUAACUUAACUUGCCUUUCAUUUCCAAUAUCUCAAAAAAGAUUCAAAGUAUUGAAUUUUAGGUUGUUUGAAGACUACAUCCCUUCAAUGAUACUAAGGUGUAUUUGCUUCCAAUUGUUGAAACAAUGGGAGAUUGCUGCAUCACAGACGUAGAUCAAGUUGUAGGUUCUGAAGAUUAAGUCUUUAAAGUAAAACAAUCAGGUAAAUCCAUGUGAAUUUAGAUUUGAGGUCUUAGACCUAUGGUUUUUUAUUAUUUUGAUUAUAGUGAUUAAUCAUUGAUAUCUCUCGUAAGUUAAAAUUGGGUUAAAAAUUCAACUCCCUAUUUAAUAAUUUUUUAAAUUCACCUGUUCACCCUUUCUAGGGAUUAGCUACUCAACAAUGGUUUUUCGAUUUUAUUUUUUGAUUUAAGUAAAAAUUUGCUUUAUAUUUAAUAAAAAUUUAAUAAUAUAAAUAUUACUCUUUAAAAAUUAUGAAAUUUAAUUUCAAUUUUAGCUUCCAACUAAAACACAAAAAGAAAAAAAGGAGUAAAAAACCAAAAAUUACCCAAUCCUAAAUAAACCUAAAGAAAAUUACCCCAUUGACUAAUAAACCUCGGAAGAGCAAGUAAAGAAAAUAUUACUAGCACCUCUCAUACUUAAAUGAAACACUCUUUUUGAGAGGUUUGGCUUUAGUAAAAAAAUAUGCUUUCCAUUUUUUCACAAACUUAUUUCUAAUUGGUUCGGAUUUUUAUUAAUUUGGUUCAAGAUAAGACUCUAUUUUAUAGAAAUCUAUUUACAACAUACUAUCAUUUAUUUAAAUGUCUAUUAAAAAUAAUGUUUUAUAAGGGAAAUUCUAUUUAAGAGAAAAUGAAAAAAAAAUUCCUUAAAAAAUCCAAAAUAUGGAGUUUCAUAAAAUGCAAUAUGUUUUUUAACCUAAAAUUUUCAUUGAAGUGAAUUUUAAAAAAGAUAGAAUUUCAAAAUAUAAUUUUUUAUUCUCGAAUUUACAUAUAAGCUUUAAAAGAAAUGAUUAUAUUUACCAUAAAAGAAUGAGAGUAUUUUUGUUAAAAUAUGACGAAAAAAAAAAAAAAGUCAUAUUUUUAAAAUUGGGUUUUCAACUGCCUUUUUAAUCAAAUAACCUAAUGAUUUAUAUUACCGUAUAUGCCCUUUUUUUAAUACCAUUAUGAGCUCUUAAUCUGUUAAUUUAUUAAAUUUACAAUUAAUUUUUUAAUCCUUUUUUCAUAAAUUUAAAUUAUGUCCGGAAUGAGUUAUGUUUUUGGAUAAGUAAAAUUUUUUACCAUAACGGUCCUAAUCUUUUUUAAGUAAUUUACUAAUCUCUCAUAAAUUUAAAAAUGGAAAAAGGAGAAAAACAUCCUCCAAUAAUGUUGGGUCUAAAAUUUGUUCACUGACUACAUUUCACCUCUCAAAGAAAUAAGUACACAUCUACUGUAUUUGGAAAUCCUGGAACCUACUUUUAAGAGCUUAGAAGCCUUGUACGCAGCUCACAUUGACAGCAAACUUAAAACAGAGAAACAGAGAAACAGAGAAGAUGACGACAAUGACCAUGAAGGUGGCUAGAGAAGAGCCGGCGGUGUCUCACACUAGCAGAUAUGCAUUGCCAACUGAGCCUAAAGACAAUGGCACAAGGUCCAAUCUCUGCUCCGGUCCUCUUAUCCUUCUCUCACAUGGGGAUCCAACGGGGUUCAAGCCUUUCUGGCGAAGCGUGGGUGACAAAUGUAAGGUGACGAUCGACAGCUGCGAUUUUAUGAGUUACCUGACUGAUGUUGGAAAAGUGUGCUGGUUUCUAGAGAAAGAACUGGAGGAGGCAAUUAGACAAUUACAUCGUACGGUUGGGAAUGCAGCAACGGACGAUCGGUAUAUCGUGGUGGGGACAGGUUCGACUCAGCUCUUUCAGGCCACGCUCUACGCUCUUACCUCUCCCGGGGGGCCUGAGUCCGUGAAUGUUGUUUCUGCAGUUCCAUACUAUUCGUCAUACCCAGAAGAGACUAACUUCUUGCGCUCAGCUCUGUACAAAUGGGCUGGUGAUGCAUACACAUUUGAUAAGGAAGGACCUUACCUAGAGCUGGUCACCAUGCCCAACAAUCCAGAUGGUCAAGUUCGAGGCCCCGUGGUGAACCGAAAUGACGGCAAGCUCAUUCAUGAUCUUGCCUAUUAUUGGCCACAAUAUACACCUAUUACUGCUCAGGCCGACUAUGAUAUUAUGCUGUUUACAUUUUCCAAAAGUACGGGACAUGGAGGGUCUCGAAUUGGGUGGGCUGUGGUGAAGGAUGAGGACGUGGCUAUAAAGAUGACUAAAUACAUUGAGCUUAACUCAAUUGGUGUAUCAAGAGAAUCUCAGCAUCGUGCUGCUAAAAUACUCGGCGCGGUAUCUGAUAGCAGCCAAUGCAUUGGGGCCAACUUCUUCCAAUAUGGCAAAAGCCUCAUGGCUGAAAGAUGGACAAAGUUCAGAGAGGUUAUCAGUCGUAGCAGACUCUUCAGUCUGCCAAAGUAUAUGGAAGAGUAUUGCCAAUUCAGCGGUGAAGACACUGAACCACAUCCUGCCUUUGCAUGGUUGAAGUGCAACAAUGACAUUGAGGACUUGGAGAUUUUUCUCAGACGAUAUAAGAUUAUGGGGAGAGGUGGGAGACUAUUUGGUUCUGAUCCAAAGCUUGUUAGAGUCAGUAUGUUGGGCGAUGAAGAGACGUUCAACCUCUUCUUGGAGAGGUUAUCAUCUAUUCAAGAUACUAUUGGUAAUGGUAAUGGAAAUGGAAAUUACAUCUGAUGAAUCGGAGAGGAAGCAAAUAAGAUGAAUGUACUAGUUUAUUUUGAAAGCUUUUUGAAGCCAGCUGUUAAAGAAAAUUGAGAGUAGCUGCAAUAUAUUAUCUAGAUCCAUCUAAUGGGGUUCGAUGAACAGUUCUGUUUCCCUGAUGUAAACCCAUUUGGAUCGGACAUUACAUCAUAAUAAGACUUCUUUUCCUUCUCCUUA